AUGGAGGACCUUCACACUCUCUAUACCCACGCCAAGGUCUUUGCAGAGAAGACUCACAGCAUGGAUGUGGAGCGGCUGCGGACAAAAACUAAUUUGACGGAGGACCCAGAGGUGUUUUUUGAGGAAUAUGUCUACACUGUCCUUGCAAGUGGAUUUCGUGCCAGAGUUGCCUCAGAAUACACGAAGAAGAUAUUAUCAUGCUUGAACUUUUCAACAGGAGUUGUCAUAACUCCUCUCGAGGAGGUGUUCAGGAACCAGAGAAAAUGUGCCGCCAUUAGGGAAACCUUCAUGCAGUUCUCGGGCCCAGCCGGAGCAGAGAAGUACCGACUUGUUUCUCGCACUUGGAAAGAGCCCCGAGAUCUGACAAAGCUUCCUAUGAUCGGGCCUACGACUUGCUGGCAACUGGCGAGAAACAUAGGUCUUUGUUCCGCCGCAAAGCCCGAUGUUCACAUGAAGAGGUUAUUUCAGCGUCUCUUUCACAAUAGCGACAGCGGGUUCAUUCUGAAAACUUUUCAGCAAUUAGCCAGCACAUUACACGAACCUGCUGGCAUAGUAGACUUUGUCGUGUGGAUCUACCUUUCACACAACGGUGAGGAAAAGGACUGCUGCUACGGCGAAUAUCUCCUUAGGUAA